AUGAAUGGAUAUGGAUACUCUAUCUCCAGUAAGUUGGUACCAAGCCAUAACAUCCCCAGCCCCUACUUAUUCGCCUUCAUGCCCGGCCAUCAUUGCAAGACCAGCACCGGAUCAGUCCAUGAGACCAAAACCGUCCCGCCAACCACCAACGGCAUAGGUGGGAGUCUCUUCACUCAUCUCAACUCCGAAGACUUCGAAGACUUCGUGCCGCUGCAAUUCACCGAGACGUGCAGGAAGGCUCCGUACGUUGCUUUGUUUGGGCCAGUCUUUCUCGAACAACAGGGUUCCUUGUCCGCUGCCAACAUCCUAAGCGGGAAGUUCCCUCGUUCUCGAUCCAAGCUCCCCAGCCUCCCUUCGAUGUUUCGAUGUUUCGACGUUUCCUCGGCUGCGGCGGACCGUCUCAGAAAUGGAGCCUUGCAGGGCCUGCACGGCCGCCAACUAUCCAAGCACUUGCACUUGCAGCUCGCAACUUCCUUCAGGAGGCGGGCUCUGUUGUCAGGACAAACAGUGGAGAUGGGGGAGAGUCAUGGUUGCCGUACCGGCAUGAACGUUCGCCUGCCAACUUCCCGAUGAUGUCUGCUGUGCUGUGACUUUUCCCUCAAGGGCUCCUCUGCAGAAUCUGUGGCGCACGC